AGUAUAAAACCGUAUGACUGCCUGCACUUUACAAAGGAAAUACUUUCUGGAUAAUCUGCCAGAGCUCUGAAAAUGUUUCAAAUUUUAGCGUCUGCUCUGCUGUUUACAGCUUCCAUGUCAGGUGUCCUUGGAGCACCUUUUCUGACAGAAGAAUCAGCAAAUCAAUUUAUGCGACUUAAACGACAGAUACCAUACUCUCAGAACUACUGGGACCCAAGCAGCAGCCAGAAUGCAUGGGGAUACAUUGUGGCUGAACAGGUUAGUGAAUCAUGGACAGCUUUGAGAGACACAGCACAAUACUACCUGGACUUGGGUUCUUAUGCCUUUGAUCCUUCAACCGCCACGUACGAUGGGGUUUCUUAAGAGAGUGUUUCAUAGAACGCAUGCGUGUACCUAAUGACUACAUCAGACCUUGCACAGACACGCUACAGCAGUCUGGGACUCGCCUCCAAGCAAUAGACAAGGAUGAGCUAUUAAACCCUCCACGUCUCCCAUCUGGCCAUGUUAGGGUAUGGCAUGUUACGUAUUUGACAUUAUGUAUUUGAUCAGAUGACUUCAUAUCAUCCCACUGUCUAAACCCCAAAUUAACACACUAAUUCUCUCAUUGUAAAUUGAAUAAGGAGUUGAAGACAAGACAAACAUUAACUUUUAGCAGAUUAGGUUUAAAAAACCCUGUGUUUUCAAGUAAAACUUUUUUCUUUGGCUAAACAA